CCUGGGGUUCCUGCAGCAGCCACUGCCCGGCCCAAUCCCUCCCAUACUCCACCAUGUUGGUGGGUACCCCCCACCUGCUGACAUUGGAUGAAGCUGAUGCCACCUGGACCCUCAUCAAGGAUAAGGUCAUCGAGGAGCACUUUGGGCCCAAUGCAGUAGCAGUACCUUUCCUGUCAGAUGCAGUCUGCUAUGACCUACUGGGUGUGCUGGUAAAACAUUCCCGCCCAGCCCAUACCCGCCUGGCUUUGCCAGGUCGGCAGGGUCGGAGGGCACUGAAACCAGUGGGGCCACUACCAAGCCUCCUGGAGCAGGCAGGAUCUGAGGGUGCCUUCGCCCACUGCACUCGGGAAUACUCACCAAAUGGCCAAGCAGAGAUAGCCUAUGAAGAGAUGCGAAUGUUGGAUGGGCAGCCAUGCAAGAUCCGCCUACAUAUGGGUGGCCUGCGCAAGAAGGUUGCCUUCCUGUUGCUGCCACCAGGGCAGGUGAGCCUACAGCAGACUCUUUCCUGGCUCCGAAGCACCCACAGCAUCUAUGUCAUCUACCAGGUCUUCUCUUGUUCCUGGCUGCAGCUGGGGCUGAUGCCUACAGCCCAUGAGCCCCAGCUCCUCCGGCUACAUCGGUCAUUACCUGUUGCCUUCUCCUGCCUCAAGUUUUCACUGCAGUCCAAGGGCGUGCUGGGACCACAGAAGCCUCUGACUAAAGACCCAUUGCUCCAUGGGGCCAACUGGGUCAGACCCAACCUCAGCAUCAUGCCACCUCUGGCCCCCACAUCAGCACCUGCUGAUACACCUGAAGCUGCUGAUGUGCCCCCACCUGUCCCAGCUCCACCUACACCACCUCCCCAGGAAGGGCCAGAGGGCAAACCCACCAGAUUCUCCUACAAGGGCCGAAACCCCUUCCGGAGGGGGCCCCAGAUACUGUCAGAGAACUGGCUCUUCAGCCCCCGCAGCCCUCCACCAGGAGCCCAGGGUGGGGGCCCCAGGGACCCCGACGGGCACUCCAUGUCCCUGCCCCUGCUGCAGGGUCUAUCCUCAGAGUUUGACAGCGACGACUGA